GGCGUACUCUCAGCGCCUCUUGCCCCGCCUACUGGGUUACCGAAGUCCAGCGGCGGGAGGUGGAAAGUGGUGUUAACUUUUAUUUUUCUUUGGCGGCAGUUUGGCCUUUUAAGAAUCAUCUGUGGUUUAAAAGCCAGGAGAAUCUGGAAAGGGGCCGUCACUCCUAGCCCUCUUUUCCUCCGAGUUUGCGACUCUGUGGGCCAAGAUGGACAAAGUUUGUGCUGUCUUCGGAGGCUCUAGAGGCAUUGGGAGGGCAGUGGCCCAGCUAAUGGCCCAAAAAGGCUACCGACUGGCCAUCAUCGCCAGAAAUCUGGAAGUGGCCAAAGCCGCCGCCGGUGAGCUCGGCGGAGAUCAUUUAGCAUUUAGCUGUGAUGUUGCCAAAGAACGUGAUGUUCAAAAUACAUUUGAAGAGAUGGAAAAAAAUUUAGGUCGAGUUAAUUUCUUGGUAAACGCAGCUGGAAUUAACAGGGAUAGCCUUUUAGUAAGAACAAAAACUGAAGAUAUGAUAUCUCAGCUUCAUACUAACCUCUUGGGUUCCAUGCUGACUUGUAAAGUUGCCUUGAAGACUAUGAUUCAACAGCAGAGAGGGUCUAUUGUUAAUGUAGGAAGUAUUAUUGGUUUAAAAGGCAAUUCUGGCCAGUCUGUGUACAGUGCAGGUAAAGGAGGACUAGUUGGAUUUUCACGUGCUCUUGCUAAAGAAGUAGCAAGAAAGAAAAUUAGAGUGAAUGUAGUUGCACCAGAUAACUAAAAGGACAGAAUCCCUCCGAAGUGCUGGCUGCCAUGGAAGAGUCUACAGAAAGGAACCCCGUACAUACAAAGAAGCCACUUUGGGGAGAAAAGCCAAGAGAGGUAAAAAUGGGACACUAUCAAUUUUAGCACCUAGAUCCAGAGAGGCCACAGAUCAGUUUUAUCUGUGAAUCCCAUGUACAAAAUAACUGCUCCUCUCUGCCAUUUUUUUUUGGGGGGGGGGGGCGCUUAAGUUAGUUCAAAUACUCUCUAACACUUUGAAAGAAGUAACCUUAGAGACCAACCAGUCCAAUUUCCUUAUUUUAUAGACAUGGAAAUAGAAACAGAGAGAGGUUAACCAACACAGGGUAUGCAGCUGGUCAGUGCCAAAGGCCUAAUGACAGCUUCUUGCUGGUAAGAAUAAUAUUAAAAAUUAAUAGGCCACCUGGGUGGCUCAGUCAGUUAAGUGACCAACUCUCGAUUUCGGCUCAGGUCGUGAUCUCAGGGUUGUGAGAUCGAGCUGUGCAUCCGGCUCCUGGCUCAGCAGAGUCUUCUUGAGAUUCCCUCCUCCUCCCGCUGCCCCCUCCACUCUCUCUCUCUCUCAGAUAAAUAAAAUCUUCAAAAAAAUUGAUAGCACUUCCUGAAAUUGAGCCAUCAGUAAGUAAUGAAUACAUAUCUUGUUCAUAAAAUUGUGAAAGAAGCCAUCAGUAGGUCUGAAAACAAAUGGCUUUUGAAAAUGUUGAUCUCUGGAGAGUGAGAAUAGAAUGAAGUGGAGGAAGUCUUAUUUUUGAAUUUCAUGGUCUCCUAUGCUGGGACUUUGACUAAUUUUUUAACCUUGUGCAGAAAAAAAUAUGUUUAAAAUCUAUAAAAUUCUAUAAGACAUAUAAAUUAUAAACAUAUUAAUUCUUAAGACACAUAACAUUCCCGGAGCUUCUAUUUUAAAGGUCACACAGUAAAAGACAACACAGUGCUCUUGUCUUAAUAACUAAAUAUUCCCAGAAGAACAUCUAUUCUGGGUACCUGAAAUACCCAGGGGAGGCCCUCCUCCAAAGACUUUACUCAGGACUCCUGGGUGGCUCAGUUGGUUAAGUGUCUGUCUUGGGCUCAGGUCAUGAUCCCAGGAUCCUGGGAUCCAGUUCCAUGUUGAGCUGCCUGCUCAGUGGGGAGUCUGCCUCUCUUUUUCCUUCUGCCCCUCCCCCCACUAGCACUCUAUUAAAUAAAAUCUUUUAAAAAAAAAGAAAAAAAAAACCCUCAAAACAAAUACUUUAAUUAAUCGUGACUACUACUGCUGCCACACCAGCAGCUUCGUCACCACCACUACUACUACAGAUCACAGAGAACACUUACUAAGCACUUGCUACGUACCAGACACAGUUAGGAGUACUUAACCUAUACCAACUAUACUGAAUCUUUAUAAAAACCUAAGGAGAGAAAGCCUCUUUUAUUAUCUCCGUUUUGCUUAGGAGGAAACUGAGGCACAGGGUUAAAAAGUAAGUUGCUGAAAGGUACAUGGCUGGAAAGUAGUGGCGAUGCACUUAAAGGGAGAUGUCUGAUAACUAUUAUGUUAUGGUUAUGUCUCUCAAGGCAGCAGGACUUAUCUAGUACUUCCUGGUGCACUAGGAUUCCUUCAGCCAGCCCACCUUUCUAACGUGGGUUCCGCCCAACGCUUUCACUCCCGUCCCUUUGUUUCUUUUUUACCGGGGGAUAUCAACAUUGUAAUGGAGUUCGAAACAGCUACACAGAGAGACAACUUGGCUAUGUCCUGGAGACGGUCCACAUGUACAGUUUUAGGUGGGGAAUGCUUUAUGUUUCACAUGCUGUACUUUGCAAAUUUUUUAUUUCUUGGGAAAACUGCCACCAGGCUAUUCUCUGGCAGAAGUGAUCAUGCCACUACUGGGUAUGUAUUCCAAAGAUACAGACGUAGUGAAAAGAAGGGCCAUGUGUACCCCAAGGUUCAUAGCAGCAAUGGCCAGUCACCAAACUGUGGAAAGAACCAAGAUGCCCUUCAACGGAUGAAUGGAUAAAGAAGAUAUGGUCCAUAUAUACAAUGGAGUAUUAUGCCUCCAUCAGAAAGGAUGAAUAUCCAACUUCUGUAUCAACAUGGAUGGGACUGGAGGAGAUUAUGCUGAGUGAAGUAAGUCAAGCAGAGAGAGUCAAGUAUUAUAUGGUUUCGCUUACUUGUGGAGCAUAAGGAAUCACAUGGAGGACAUGGGGAGAUGGAGAGGACAAGUGAGUUGGGGGAAAUUGGAGGGGGAGAUGAACCAUGAGAGACUGUGGACUCUGAGAAACAAACUGAGGGUUUUGGAGGGGAGAAGGGUGGGAGGUUGGGUGAGCCUGGUGGUGGGUAUUAAGGAGGGCACGUAUUGCAUAGAGCACUGGGUGUGGUGCAAAAACAAUUCUGAAACACUGAAAAUAAAUUAAAAAAAAAAAAAAAAAAAAAAAAGAAGAAGAAGAAUAAGAAGUGACCACACCACAAAUUGUUAGUUUUGACUAAGACAGGUCUGAGUUUCUUCUUCUGUGAAAUAGAAAAUCAGACUAUUUUUCAAUAGUUCCUUAAAAUAUGUUUUAAAGUUCUUCCAAGCUAUAAAAUCCACAAUCUAGUCUCUCAAGAUUGGACAUGUGAAUAUUAAUUUGUUGUGUUAUUGCAUCUUUUGAGAGAUUGUACCACUUAAAUAUGCUGGAAUUUUAAAAAAUGGUUAUCUUCCAAACAACACUAAUUUUAUAAAGAUGACUUUUUUUAGAUUUCUAUUAACACAGGCCUAUCGCUGAAGAGGUCAACAUUUCUGAAUAAAGGAUAAAAUGCCAAUAACAUUUUCUAUAUAUUUCAGUCUCACAAGGGUAAAUAAGUGAGAGGAAUGCACAGCUGGACCUGAGUACUCAAAGAGUAAUUGGUUUUCUCUUAAAGGCUGCCCACUGCUAGUUUACGUGUUAAUGACCAAGAUAUAAGGCAUUGCCUGAUCACCAGGCACCAAUUCCAACCACUCAUCCAGAGGUUCUUAAAAAAACUCAAAAAUGCAUGUUGGCAAGCUCAAGAGAUAUAGCUUAGCAGUGUGCACCAAGAAACUUGUGACCAGGGGAAAGGACUGUUAAAUUUUAAAUGGCUUUGACCUUUCUUAGCUUAUGACCAACUGACCUUGACAUUCCUCAGAAGCCAAAGGAUGAGCUGCGGUAAUGGCAGCGCUUGCUGACUGACCUUCCCACUCUCGAGGCAGAGCCAGUCCUUCCAGCAGUAAAUGAAGUUGAUCAAAACGUGUCUCGGGAAGAACCAUGAGGCUCCCUCCCUGAGAAAUGACUAAAACCACUAAAUAAUUCUUAGAUAAAAUGGCCUAGUUACUUAAUGUAAUUACUCUUUAAAAAAAUUAAAGAAAUGUAUCACAGCUACAUGAAGGUUCCACAUGGUUAUAUUUGCCCAUAUAUGGUCAAGAGGCAUUUUUCCACCGUUCUGUUGAAUGGAGUGUUCUAUAAUAUGGUAUUUAUGACCUCUCUAUAUGAUAAAAACCCUGCAACAUCUUGAAAUACUUUUCGAAAGAAGAAAACUUUAUAGUAGAGUCACCCAUAGUAUUGAGCUUGUUUUACUGCACUUCAUUAAUCUUUUCCAAAACAUGUAAAUAAUGAAGUUUGCUGCAUACAGUGCUGGGUUUUACAAUUACAAAAUUUUAUAUUAGGUGGCCCUCCCUUUAGGGAAGUCGUAUAUAUACCUGGAUGUGAUUAUUCUUUUUAAAAUUCAAAACAAAUAAUGAAAAAGCUACUUGAGUAUAAAUAUCUGUAAAAUGAUGUUAACAGGAGAUUCAUAGAAUGAUAGAUGGAAGGAAACAGGAUCAUCUUGUACAACAGAAUGAAAGGUCAAUCUAUUGAGGUAACCCAGAGGAGACCACUGACAGAGCUUGAAUUAGUAACUAGGUAUUUUGCGUUUCGCUUCUCAAGUGAAGAUACCACGUUACAAACUUUUUUCAUAAAGGCUUUCACUAACGAUUAAACCAAAAAGUCAUUUCUAACAAGAGGACAGAUAAAUAGUCCAAAGAACAAAGGAAAAGAUGUGCUGUAUAAAUCAGUCAGGUUCCAACACGGACUCCUUCUUCUCAGAAAGGGACGGAGUGAGCCCUUGCUUAGAAAUAACGCAGAGCUGUCUGUACAACAGUUUUAUGUCCUGACAAUUCUAACACACGUGUGUGUGUAUGUGUGCAUAUAACCCUAUAUCUGACUAGAUAUUGUCAGCACGAUGCUCAUUUUCAAGUUUAAAUAUGAUAGUUAUUGUCUAAGGACAACAGUCCUAUGUAAAAAUUACACUUUCACUCCUAACUUGACCUUCCAUGUAUGAUCUUCUGUCCUGAUGGUGGCGACCAGUAAACAAAAGCAUUAUCUGUAAUCUCAGAAGCACAUAGAGUUCAUAUCAGAGAACCAAAAUUAGUGUGAAUAUUUGUUGUUAAUUCCUUUUAAAUAAGUUGGGAUUAAUGUAAUAAGUAUAGAACAUCAGAAUUAUGAAUUUACUAGUGAUUUUUUUUCUGGCUGUGGACAUUUCUUGGUCUCUAAAAUAAGAGUAAAUGAGGGGUGCCUGGGUGGCUGAGUCCAGUUGCUGUCUGCCUGUGGCUCAGGUCAUGAUCCCAGGGUCCUGGGAUGGAGUCCCACAUCGGGCUCCCUGCUCAGUGGGGAGUCUGCUUCUCCCUCUCUCUCUGCCCUUCUCCCUGUUUGUGUGUUCCCUUUCUCACUAUCUCAAAUAAAUAGAUAAUUUAAAAAAAAAAAAA